AUGGAUCCUCUGAGCAGAUGUGAUGGUUCCAUUCUUUUGAACCAUGAGGGAAGUGAAAGGAAGUUUGAUGUCAGCAAGACAUUGAGAGGGUUCAAAGUGAUUGAUGAUAUCAAAGCAGAGAUUGAGAAGAAGUGCCCUAAAACAGUCUCUUGUGCAGAUAUUCUAACAGCAGCUGCUAGAGAUGCCACUGUUUUGGCUGGAGGUCCCUAUUGGAUGGUCCCAUAUGGAAGGAAAGAUGGGCUAGUUUCUCUUGCCAAAGAAGCCCAAUUGGUGCCAAUGGGUCAUGAAGACAUUACUUCUCUAGUUGAGUUUGCUGGAUUAGGCCAUUCUUUCAGGGAACGGGCACACACCAUUGGAAGGGCUUCAUGUGGUUCCAUACAAGACAGGCUCUUUAACUACGGUGGCACUCAUGGCAAACCUGAUCCAUCCCUAAAUGCACAAUAUUUGAACUACUUGAAGAGAAAAUGCAGAUGGUCCUCGGACUAUGUUGACCUUGACGCUACAACCCCAAGGACUUUUGAUGUUGAAUAUUAUUCUAAUCUUCCAAAGAAGAUGGGACUCUUAUCCACAGAUGAAAAGUUGUACACUGAUCCAAGGACUGCACCUCUUGUUAAUGCAUUGGCUAACCAACCAUCUCUCUUUUUCUACCAGUUUGGGGUGUCCAUGGCAAAGCUUGGGAAUGUGCAAUGCCUCCUUGGUCAUGAAGGUGAAAUCCGAACCAAUUGCAAUUUUGUCAACUCCAAAUACUAAUGUGUUUCUACUAUAUAUGAUGAUUUUCUUGUGUUUAAUGACUUAAAUCCUUUUACAUUGUAUUGCUGCUGAUGCUAUAUGAGAUAUUGUCAUUUAAAGAUAUAUAACUUCAAAGUUAUCAUUUACAAUUAGUAGAAUAAGUAUACGCUUGUCUGUGUUCUAAAUACCAUCCUUUUUGUUGUAAUCUAAAUUUGAGAAAUGUGAUUAUUUGU